AUGAAGAAUGGAAGAUCUGGCGAAGACGAUGGAAUUAGCGCAGAAAUCUCGAAUUCUCUUCCUCCUUCUUGGAUUCGUGUGAUGAUGAAGAUGCAGGAAAGAUGGAAGCUCUGCAGGCGCAAAAAAGUCGUGUUGGUUAUGCGAAUUAGAAACUCUCUGCUUACCCCGCUACAUAUAACUUUUAUAAGAGAAGCCAGUAUCGCGGAAGAAGGCAGCACACAAAGUUGCUUCCGUUGCGCUGGAAUCAAAGAAAACAUGGAAAGUGUGACUUCGAACGGCGAGACGUUGUCAUCAGCACAACAAGAAGCUGACGGAAGUGAUUCUUGUUUGUCAGUGACAAGAAGGAGAAUCAAUGCCGGAUAUUCACAGGGUACGCCAACAUGCUGUUGCUGCAGAUUCAUGACAGUCCUUGUGUUUCUUCUAGUACAACUAGUUUCGUUUGCUGCAUUGUUGCUCGUUGGGUUUAUAUUUGUGUACAAAAGAUUUGUAUACGGAAUGGUUAUUACGAGCGUUGCGAUCCUUAUCUCAAUUUACGGAGUAUAUGGUGUAUAUCAACAUAGAGCCAAUGAAGUGUUCGUAGUCGGUGUUCUCGAGAUCCUACAUGGCGUUUAUCUCGUUGUAAACAUAGGUCUAUUAAUGAUUUCGUAUUUUAGAGAGGAUGGAGAAAAAGCUAUGAUAGAAAUACUUUACGAUGCCGACAAAGUUGAUGAGAAGGAAGACUUUGCGGCAGCCGCAUCUGCAGUAUACGCAUUAGCGCUAACUGCGGAAAUUACCCCAGGAACUCUUUCCUUGGUCACUGGUAUCCUGUGUUUUAAAUUUCGAAAGCUCUACAAAAGAGAACAUCUCGAUACAACUCCGUUUCUGAAUGGUGUCGAAGACGAAAAUGUUCCAUAA